AUGGGAAAUCUCUUCGAUAUGGCGAGGACGGGGAUCGGGAGCUCGGGAGGGAAGAAUGGGGCGGGGCAGUUUUUUCUGGCGACGCUGCUUCUUUGGCUGGUCUCCGUCGUGUUUGAGAUUGCUUUCAACCUCCGGACGGAGCUUCUCUGGGUGAUUUGCGGCGGAUGCUUCUUUCAAUCGGCGAAUUGGAUCGUUCGUUCGUUGCUCUCUCGUGACCCUCUCUUCGUUAACACCUCCGUCUCGCUUUUGCAUUCAAUCAUCACAUCCGCCUCAGCCAAAGGUUUAGAGGAGAUGUUCGAUCACUCAGAGUUGGUAGGUGGUACAUGGAAAUGGGCGUAUCCAGCUUUGUGUUUCUCUUGCGGCUACUUCGCGUAUGACCAGUGGGACAUGCUUCAGUACCGGUUAUACAGCGGCUUAAUCCCUUCGAUUCUCGUUCACCAUCUCGUCCUCCUCGUCUGCUUCACGUUGGCUCUCUACCGAAACGUUACCAUCAACUACCUCAUUCUUACUCUCAUCUGUGAGAUGCAUUCGAUCUUUCUUCACGUGAGGAAGUUGAGGAGAAUGGCGGGGAUCAGAGACAGCAACACGGCGUUGGUGAAACUGGAGUGGGUGCUGAACUGGACAGCGUUUGUGUUCGCGAGGUGCGUCCCUCACGUUCUCAUCACUGUGAAGCUGAUCAAAGACGCGCGCAAGUUUGAGAGAGGCGUGGAGUUGCCGCUCGCUCUGUCUGGUAUGGCGGGGAUGAACAUACUCAACGUCGGUCUCGGGAUGGAUCUGUUUCAUGCUUUCAGAAGAGAGAGAAGCAGCAGGAGAAAUCAAGAGAACGGUGACCAUCACAACCAUGGAGAGUAA